AUGGCGACAGCUGCGCAGGUUAAUGAGCGUCUCAGUGACACGCGCGCGCCCGCUCUGCCAGAUGUGGGCCUCGGGGCGCGCCGCGUUCCCGCUGGCUAUAAGUUCUCGAAGGCGCGCGGGACCCAGGAGGAAGAGGACCGCCACAACGCUGGGAGCCCCGGUGCCAGGGCGUGGCGAGAACGGAGAACCACAAGAACAGAACCAAGCCGAUGGGACCCAGCUCAGCAGCUAGCAGCCUUUAUUCUCACCAUACCUGAAACUGCUCCCACCGAUACUGUGGCUCCAGCUCCUGUGGAGAAGUCUCCCACCAAGAAGAUGACAAACAAGGCUGGUGUGGCUAAGUGCAAGGCCACAGGCCCUAUGGUGCACGAGCUCAUAACUAAGGCUAUUUUUGCCUCUAAGGAGGAUGGUGGUGUAUGCCUGCCUGCCCUUAAGAAGGCACUGGCUUCUGGUGGCUACCAUGUUGGGAAGAACAACAACUGCGUCAAGCUUAGGCAUAAGAGUCCGGUGAGCAAGGGUACCAUGGUGCAGACCAAAGGAGCCAGUGCAUCGGGUUCUCUCAAGCUUAACAAAAAGGCGUCUUCCAGUGAGACCAAGCCUAAGAAGACUGGGGCUGCUGAGGUUAAGAAGGCUUCAGGUGCCACCCCUAAAAAGCCUAAGAAGGCUGCAGGGGCAAAGAAUCCUGUGAAGAAAACUCCAAAGAAAGCAAAGAAGCCUGUGGCAUCUGGAGUAAAGAAAGUUGCCAAGAGUCCUAAGAAGGCCAAGGCUGGUGCCAAGCCUAAAAUGGCAGUAAAGAGCCCGCCAAAACCCAAGGCGGUGAAGUCUAAGGCAUCCAAACCUGAGGUUACCAAGCCCAAGACAGCUAAACCGAAGGCUGUUUCCAAAAAGAAGUAGGUUUGCUUGUGACAGCUUGUGACAGUGGGACAACAAAGUCCCACUUUGGGCGCCACCUGUAGCCAUCCAGCGGCCAUGGUUGAACUGGAUCACCUGAAAGUGGGGGCUGGAAAUGAAAAGGACAGGGUGUGAGAGAAGGAUGAAGCCAAGACAAGGUUCUGACCAAGGCUCAAAGUUUAUUCAACACUGCAUUUAUAUAGGACAAGCCCAAGAACCCAUCCUUUGUUUCAGCUGGAUUAUGUUGCAAAGCAAGCUCACGGGGCAGCCUAUUCUAAGUUCCUGUAGGAAAUUGCAGGUGCAGCAAGGGGAAGACUCCACCUGGGUCGUUAAACCCAUUGGCAACACUCAAGGUCUGUUUAGUCUGCUCAAGGCUGGGGGCAAAGACACAUAAGUAGUUAUUAAGGAACUGGGUUGUGAGUGGGGAAAACCUGAGGUUACACUCACUACCUAGUAACUCACAUAAGGCAGCCUUCAAACACCUGUAACUUGAGCUCCAAGGGAUCCAGGACCCUCCUCUGGCCUCUGCAGGUGCCUCUA